ACCCCAUUUAAAUCACAAUUAACCUACACGCCCGAGCCAUCGGACCUCCCCCAGCACCCUCUCAUAGGGGGUCGGGUCGGGUCGGGUCUCCAUGUCACAACACGCCGGAGCUCCACCGCAGACGGUGGCGUCUCCUUUAUACAAACAGAAAACAUGGUCACCGGACACGUUUCGCGAUGAGGCGUGGCAACAGCGUAAAGGUACACAUGGAAGCCGCAUGAAGAAGCGAAGCAAGAGCGUUACGGAUGAGGAUCUUGAUGAGCUUAAAGCUUGUAUUGAGUUAGGGUUUGGAUUUGAUUCGCCUGAAAUGGAUCAACGAUUGUCUGAUACUUUCCCGGCUUAUGGCCUGUUUUAUGCUGUGAAUAAACAAUACGCGGAUACCCUUUCAAAGACUAAUUCUUUAUCGUCGGUUAUUUCCGGUUGCGAGUCACCUGGUAGUCCCCACACCAUUGUUGAUCCAGGAGAUAAUCCUCAGACAGUGAAGACAAGGUUGCGGCAAUGGGCACAAGUGGUAGCUUGUGCGGUGCGUCAAUCUUCAUAUUAAUGGAUGCUGGAAGCUGCAUGUCUGUUGAUUGAAUGAAUAGGAUGAUGAUGGUAAUUUGAUGUACUAGUAAAUUAGUAAUGUGAUAUCAGGACACUGAAGCAAGAAGGGACUAAACCAAACAAAUCAUAGGUAACUUGAUAUGAGAAGGUAACCCAACGGUGAACCAACUUAUUCAAUCUUAAAGCUAAUAGUAUGUUGAUAUGAUUUUUAUUAAUAUGAUUGUGCUGCAACCACAAAUGCAACUGGUCCAUCGCCAACAAACUCUUGUUAUUGCUACUAGUAGAUGUUUGUUGAUAUUUGCAUCAUUGUAACAUCCUCCUGCAAGUGGGAAAUGAUGACUUGUGUUUAUUUGGAGUACUGACUUUUUUCUAUAGAAUGUUUUGGUGAUGAA